AUGAUCCAGCUGCAGGUUCACCUACAGCUACCUUGUUACGACUUUUACCCGGUUCAAACCAAUGCGAUUAAAAUGAUUUUCAUCGCAAAGAAGCCGCGAAGCCUCAAAGCAACAAUCCUCACUCUUCUCGAAUCAGUUCAGUCCCGGAUAGCGACGGGCGGUGUGUACAAAGGGCAGGGACGUAAUCAACGUGAGCUGAUGACUCACACUUACUAG